UUACAUUCCACCACUGCUGUCCGCACACUGUGUAUUACAGCAUCACAAACCAGCCAAAGUCGUCACAUACCGCUGCUUUGUCAGUGAUUUCUGUGUCAGACACCAACCACCAAAAGCCACUUUUCACAGCAGUACGAUACGCUGCUGGGCAGAACUUUUGAGGUGUUAUGAUACGCCACCAGUCGGCUGGACGGCACCUGUCACAAUGGAGGGGUUCAACCAACGCCAGACUUUCCAGGUGUUCACUUCUCAUAUGAAUGCAGAGUCAAACUAUUAUGGGUUUUUUUCCCAGUCUAACCAUGUGCUUUUGUAGAUGUCUCUGCGUUGGUUGCAGUGUCCCCGAACAUCAACAGCAGACGCAGGAGGACACCUAGCGCAUAAUAUGUAGAUGUGAAAGUCCACUGACAAAGCGGCGAUAUGUGACGACUUGGGAUAAGUCAGGAAUAAACCUCAAAGAUGCCAUUUGUUAGUAUCUCUGUAAACUUCCUGCACACUGCAGCCAUAUCACCCUGUCCUCACUGUUCUUACACAUUUCAAUAGUCUCUGCUAUGCGAUCAUAUUCCUAUCUUCAUCUAAUCAAUACUCUAAUGCACUUCUUUGUGAGCUGCUGUGCAUGGUUGGAUCUGAAAUUCACCAUGUCACACAGACAGCACGAGUCAACAUGUUUAUCCUUUGGACUGUUUAGCAGGGGGUGGUGCCAGAGCACUAGACUGGGCCACUGACCUGCAUAGUUCACUGAGGCAGAGUUGGUGGACUGUACUGCACUCAUUAUAUCAGUAAAGACAGACAUGGAGCUUGGAUCAGCGGUAAGUACAGUGAGGAGUAAGAGGGUACUGCUCGGUGACGAGAUCCGUCCUGCUGUCAUCGUAAUUAAGGAUGGAAAGAUCCGUGAGAUACUCCCAGACAGAGACUUUUCUGGAGCUGCUGCCUGUGAGGUGCUGGAUGUGGGCGACAGUGUGGUGAUGCCAGGCGUUGUAGACUGCCAUGUUCAUGUGAAUGAACCAGGCCGCACUUCCUGGGAGGGUUUCUGGACCGCCACCAGGGCUGCUGCGGCAGGAGGGGUGACAACCAUCGUGGACAUGCCGCUAAAUAGCGUCCCUCCAACUACCACUCUUGGAAAUUUUCACGAGAAGCUGCAGGAGGCGACGGGGAAGUGUUUUGUGGACACGGCCUUCUGGGGAGGUGUGAUUCCUGGCAAUCAGCUGGAGCUUCGGCCCAUGAUCCAGGCAGGAGUGGCUGGCUUCAAGUGUUUCCUUAUCCACAGUGGUGUGGAGGAAUUCCCACAUGUGACGGACGUUGAUCUACACGCAGCCAUGAAGCAGCUGCAAGGCACAGGAAGUGUCCUGCUGUUUCAUGCAGAGAGGGAUGUUCAGCCGACAACAGAAGAGAAUGGAAACCCUUGCCAGUACUCCACCUUCCUGCAGUCCAGACCAGACAUCAUGGAGAUAGAGGCAAUUCGCACCGUCACACAACUCUGCCUCCAGUACCAGGUGCGGUGCCACAUAGUUCACUUAUCCUCUGCAAAGCCACUGCAACUGAUCCAGGAAGCACGGAAGGCCGGAGCGCCCUUGACAGUGGAGACCACCCACCACUACCUCAGCCUGUGUGCAGAGAACAUACCUGCAGGGGCCACACAAUUCAAGUGCUGCCCCCCCAUCAGAGGAGCUGCUAACCAGGAGCAGUUAUGGUCCGCUCUGAAAGCUGGGCAGAUUGACAUGGUGGUGUCCGAUCAUUCCCCCUGCACCCCUGAUCUGAAGAAACUGCAGAACGGAGACUUCACUGAGGCUUGGGGAGGAAUUUCAUCUCUACAGUUUGGUUUGCCUCUGUUUUGGAGUUCAGCCAGUAAGCGAGGCUUUCAGCUGUCUGACGUGGUGAGACUCCUCAGCCAGAAAACAGCCCAGCUGAGUCGGCUGGACAACCAGAAGGGCAGCCUCGCCCCCGGCUAUGAUGCUGACAUGGUGAUAUGGGACCCAGAAAGAGAAUUUAAAAUUAAAGAAGCAAGCAUACAUCAUAAAAACAAGCUAACGCCUUACCUCGGCAUCACACUGAAAGGAGUGGUGUGUGCCACCCUCGUCAGGGGGCGGCUGGUGUUCAGAGAAGGCUCCUUCUGCCCCGAGCCUCUAGGGAAGCAUCUCCUCAUCUCCUCAGCUGUGAAGCACAACGACAACAAGCUGUGAUAAACUUACCUGAGUGUCAUGUGAAUCUGUAACAGUGCACCAUGGUGUUUUCCUCAAUUCUCUCGCACUGAACGCUUUUUAUUAGAUUUCAUGAUCUUAAAAAUUUUUACAUCACGGUUUGUUUAAAAUAUCCUCGAUUUCAGAAGUACCUCCAGAAAACAAUAUAACCUCCUGAGAUAAAUAUUCUGUGAAGAUAAUUAAUAAAAUGCAUUAUAAGCUGAUUGCAUCUUCACAAUAUCUAAUCAGAACAGCAUAUGGACCAAUGAUUAUGAGACAAUGGGCCCCUCUGCAAAAAUAUGCAUCUCUUUGUAGUUGUAGUGCAGCUUUUUCUUGGUUUGUAUCUUUGAGGUAACGUUGUGUCUUUUUGUGGUAGUUUUUGCCCAUGUUUCUACUAUUUUUGUCCCUGUAUGUCUCUCUGUUGUCAUUUUGAAUCUCUUCCUGGUCUGUACAUGUUAAUUUGAGUGAUAUUUUGCAGGUGAAGGUCAGGGGACCCCUCUUACAGUUUGGGCCCCUGGGCCUGGUUAGUAAUCCAUCCAUGCUUAUGGACAUGCAAUCAUAUAAGUCUUUGUAUCUGGAGUCAGAUGACAGUCAUCAUAGAUCUAGACACCCUAGAAAAUUUAGUCUCAAAGUUUUUAAUAAUAAACAUAUUAAUUAAAUA